CCAGCUUUAAAAAAAAAAAAUAAAAAAAAAAAAAUAAAAUGAAUGGACAAUGAAAUGAAUGAAUACUGGGGGAAAAACCUACCUAGAUAUAAAAUUGCUUGAGAAAUAGAAAAUGGUUAAUUACAUAUUUAAGAACAUAUUGCAAAUAACCUGUGCCACGCUAUGUCAUGUUAUCUGAUAAGUAUGAACCACGAAAGAAGAGAUUCAGAAAGAAGCGAUGAGGAGGACGUAAUAUUACUCUCUGAUGACCGUCCAGACUUGGCAAGGACAAACAUCUCAAAGGAACCACCUUCAUCUUCAUCUGGAAAAGAUUCAAAAAGAAGCAAUGAUGGGGACGUAAUAUUACUCUCUGAUGACCGUCCAGACUUGGCAAAGACAAACGUCACAAAGGAACCACCUUCAUCGUCAUCGUCAUCUGGGAAAGAUUCAGAAAGAAGCGAUGAGGAGGAUGUAAUAUUACUCUCUGACGACUGUCCAGACUUGGCAAGGACAAACGUCACAAAGGAACCACCUUCAUCGUCAUCUGGGAAAGGACCCUAUGGUUUACCCUCUAGAUUAGAUGACGAUGUGGCCUUUCCCACUGAUAUUAAACUAGAGAGACCUGACGACUGUACACCUGAGGAGGACAAGGAUUUUAAGAUCUGCGUUGUGUGUGGAGAGCGGGCCAGUGGCUACUACUUUGGAGCUCUUGUCUGCCUGCCUUGCAAGAGUUUUUACAUCAGAUGCACAAAAGAUGGUGAGCCCACUUUCACCUGUCAGUGUAAUGGAAACUGUGACAUUGCCAAGCAAGGCCGUAUUCGCUGCCAGUACUGUCGUUACCAACGUUGUCUUAUGGCAGGCAUGUGCAGGAAAGAGAAACCUGAAACAGUCCAGCCAGCAGAUGGCCAAGUUCUGUGCAAAGUCUGUGGGGACAUUGCCAAUGGAAUCCAUUUUGGAGUGAAUACAUGUGAGGGAUGCAAGAAAUUUUUUCGUCGUGGAUUAGUUGAGAACCAAAGUUACCUGUGCAAAAGUGAGAAGAAAUGUACAAUCAACCCGCGAAAUCGCAACAAUUGCCGAUAUUGUCGCUACCAAAAAUGCAUCAGUGUAGGAAUGUCCAGAGAAGCCAUUAAGAUGGGUCGUCCCAAGAAAGCUGAAAUAGCAGAAAUCAACAAUUCUGCAAAUGUUGCAGAUGCCUCAGAAUCUCCCUCCAUUUCACCAGUACCAUCCCCCACCAUCAACUUCUCUCCAGGAUCUUCCCCCACUAGACACCACGCCAAUGACAUGUUCGAUCUAUCCAAGGUGAAGGCUGAGCCCUCAAACUGUGAUGUUACAAACCAGUCUGCUACAUCUCUGAACAGCUCCACUGCAAAUGUAACUUUGCCAAAGCCAACAUACACUAGCAAUGUUCAAUCCUUCUCUGUUCCACACACAGAGAGCUGGUCAUCUUCAUGUCCACACAACAUGGACUGGUCUCAGAGGAAUCCACACAUCAAUUGGCAUCAAGAAAUUGCACAGUCUGUUGCCCAGCAGCAAAUGGUAACAAGUGUUACAACUGCUCAGACCGUCUGUUCUAUUAACAACACCAUGCCUGUCCAAAAUCCUCCUGUUCAAAGCAAUAAUGUAGUCUAUGAAGAGGAUGACAUGGAUGAUAUUUUGGCUUACCUUUCUCAAGAGCAGAACCCAAUGGAACAUAAGAAAAAUUGUAAUAGUAUGCAGAGUAUUCCAGAUCCUAAUCAAAACUUUACAUCAAACUCUGCAUUGCAACAUCAGGCUUGCAUGGUCAAUACACAGUCUUCUGUGCCCAAUUUUCCCAUUCCUUCACCAAAGCAGUUCAAACAACAGAUAAAUGAUUUCAACAACCAAAUGCUUCAAAGUGAUAGCUACAAUCAGCUUAACGUUGAUACAUCACCAGCCCAUACAAUUUGUACUAACACAGUUAACUAUCCAAGUCCCGUCUAUCAAUAUGGUAGUGGAUCCCCAAAUCAUUACAGCCAGACUUCUCCUGAACAUUCUUAUGGACCCCAUUCCCCCCAGUGCAUGCCUCCUUCCCCUCAGUAUCAACAGCAAUCACCAUAUUCCCAAUGCCAAUAUCAGAACUCUCCUUCUGAUGCCAACCAGUACCAUGCUAAUUCCCCACAGGCAGCCAGUCCAGGUUAUCCCCCUUCUCCCACCAACAAUGGGUUCAACCCUGUGCCACCAUAUUCCCAGAACACAUAUGCCCAGGGCCCUCCUGCUAGUGGCAUGAUGGGGGAAAGUCACACCAAAGGCUUGCCCUAUCUUGACAUGAAAGGUCAGAUGAAAAUCAAUCAGAUGUUCAUGAAUUGUGAUGGUAACCUACAGAAUCACGCAGAGGACUGCAGUACAGAUGGAUUUAUAUCGAGAACCGACUUUGACAAAAAUCUCAUCUUGAAGACUCUGCAGCACUACAGAGGCAGUGGACUUGACUAUUACUCUAGUCCUGAAUCCUCGCCCCACAGCUACCAUGACAGUAGUGAUGACUCCAGUGAUGCCUUCUACUCAAAUAAUUGUGGCCAGAAGCGUAAAAGCUGCAACGUUGGACUUCACUAUGGAAACGUAGGAAAUAGUGGUUUUUACUCUCGAAAUGAGAAAGACUUCCAGUGUGAGAAUUACAGCAUGAUGAAAUCGCAGACCUACUGGAAUGAGCCACAAAGGCUAAUAGCCCAGGGCCCACCAACAGAGGAAAUGAUGGCCUUCACCAGUCACGUCAUGUCUGGGUAUUCCAAAUAUGUGGCAUCCUGUGAUGAAGGCAAAAAGAAUUCCCAUGACAAAAUCCUCAAGAGUCAGUGGCCUGCAUUUGGAAAAGAAGAAAGCCACUGGAGUCAUGUACAGCAAAGAGUUGUCAGAAACAUCACUGCUUUCAUGAACUUUGUGAGAACCAUCCCAGGAUUUGAGAACAUCAACAGUGAGGAUGCUGCUGAGUUGUGUAUCCUGAACAGCUUUCAUGUUACCAUGAUUUUGUCUGCCAACAAUUACUACGACAAAGACCAAAAGAGGUUCCAAUAUUUCUGGAACUGGACAAUCUCCCCAAACAACCCAUUGUACUUCUUCAAGCUCCGUCUCCUCCAGUGCGGUGAACAGCUCAAUCAGCUCAACAUGACACCUAUGGAAGAGACCUUUCUCUCCAUUAUCACCUUUUUGAGUACAGAUUUAUUGAACUUGAGAGACCCUGGCACUCUUGAAUCACUGAGACAGAAGAUGAUUCAGAUUUUCCAGGCGCAGUUAUUUGUACAAGGCGUAGACCCCAUUAAGCGUAUUCAAGAAUUGUUUGGUGCUAUGCCAGAGUGCCGUCACUGUUCCAUGUGGCACAAACAGCUAAUGAAGAAGAUGAAACUCAACAUGGAGGUACAGGAGAUGCACCAGCUGUUUGACACAUUAGAUCUAGAGAGCCCGAUGUCAUGAACCUGCAGACUUUCAUCAAGAUGAUGAAUGGGGACAUUUGACUGUCACAAAGUUUAUUUACACAACUGAAAUCCUGGUGAUUUGUUGUUAUAUAUUUACAUAUUGUUCUAUUCACAGCUUUACAUAUCAACUCGACAAUUGUCCAGACUUUGGACAUGUAUAUUUAGUAAGUGAUAUAUGGACAAGCUGUCAAUUGAAUGACAUGUGUUGUGGGCCUGGGAAGCCUGUACAUAUAUAAGAAUUGUUGUUAAUUAUCUAAUGUUGACAAGGUUCCUUUGGAGCUGAUAAUUAAUAAUUAUCCUAUGAAAUUAUAUAUAUAUAUAUAUAUAUAUAUAUAUAUAUAUAUAUAUAUAUGUUUGAUGUUUGAAAGUUAAUCCCAUGAUUAUACUGUAGUAGCUCUGAUAUGGGAUAAAUGUUUGAAUUCAAUCAAAAGUGAAAAUUUCUCUCUCUUUGUUUUCUUGAUUUUUAUUAUUUUUUAUUUUUUUUUUGUUGAGAUUUUUGCAUAAUAUGAUGUUUUCAUUGUGUUUGCCAAAAUUGAAAUAUAAUUGAUGUGAACCUUUUUAUAGUACUAAUAUGCACUGUGCAAUUAGACUCAUCACCCAAACUGGGAGGUGAAAGUAACCCACUGUUUACUAAUAUUUAAACAAUUUUGUUAACUACAUGUAAGUUAGAACUUUUUGAUACUUGUAUAAUGGGGGCAAAGCUUUGAAGAUUGCAAAAACUUUUUUUUUAUAGAUACAAUCAUUAUUUUUGAAUACCUGUGGCUUUGGUUUACUUAUAGACAUAAAAUCAAAAUUUCUAGCAGUAGACUUUACUUACAUGUAGGUACUGUACAUCAGUAAGUGAUGUUAAAAGUAUGUUGUAAGUAUAUAAGUUAUUGAAGUUGAAAGGGUAUUUUGAAUCAAAGUGCAUUUAAAAGGAAUGUACAGUUAUCAUAGACAUCCAAGGGAAGCCACUGGUGAAAAUCAAGUCUCCAAAUAUCCCCCUUGUUGUCACUCUUGAAAAAGAGCUGACAGACAAAUCAUUGUAGUAGAAUAGAAAUAAUUGUUGUGUUGUUUGAAUCAUUUUUAAAAGAGUAACCCUUCAGAUUGAAGAUUUUAUUGGAAAAUAAAAGUUCUGGGAGAUUGGAUUUUUUUUUUCCACCAAGAAAAUUUACUUAAAUAUGCCAUCUUUACACGGAAAAAAUUGUCAUCAACAGAUCAAUCACUUACCUCGAUUUACAUGGUGAAUCUUAUAUAAAUGAUGGUGUGUUUGUUUAGAAUUUCAAAUCGGUGUGUUUGGAUUCAUUAUAACAACUUCAUUGGGAUGUGAAAUGCAGUCGGACGUGAUUAAAUCUUGUAAGACCCAAAAGGUGUUAUAUAGUAGAUCUCAUUGUGUUCCAACUGUACUUCAAAUCCCAAUGAAAUUCUAGAAAUGAUAUCUAGAUAUUAGUUAUUUUUACAUUUGUGGCUGAUAUUGUUAUGAUAUCUCACAUGUAAGAUGCAUAGUUUUGAUAUCAAACUCAGAAAUUGCUUUUCGCUGCAUCUUGUUGCUUGAUUAUGACAUCACAAUCAAAACCAUAUCGCACUGUAUUAUUAGGCCACAAAUUUGUGUCCCAUGAUAAGUUGUUUUUCACCAAGAAUUGCCACUUCAUAUCAUCACAUAAGGGAGAACAUUUGUAUUGUAAGAAAUGCAUCAUGCAUAUUUUCCUACAAUGCUGGCGACGGUUGCAUCUCUAACCAAUAAUGACAACAAAAGCACACUUCAUCGUACCAUCAAAACCAAAUGAAGUGGUGACUGUAGAACAUGUCUUUAGUUAUAGGAUAUAUGCAUUUACAACCAUUUUGCUUAAAGUAAAAACACUUGGAGAACAGCAAAGACAUAUCACUUGAUUUUUAGAUUGGUGGAAAGAUUUUUUUCUUUUGGGUUUGUGCGAUAAUUCACUGUAAAACAUGGUUAGGAGAUUUACUUUUAGCUUUAUUUAUAUUUAUCUUUUUUUUCAAAAUGUCAAACAAGGAAAAUCAAUACCUGUCAUUUUCAAUGUUUCGGCAGUCGACAUGAGGCCCAUGCAGAUUGUGGUCCGGCAUUGUGCUUUACGCAUUAUUGACUCGACUUUACAACAGAGUUGCUGUCAGAGGAAAAAUCCAUUCAAUGUAAAUACACAUGUACUAUUGUAUUCAUUAAGUGUUUAUGUAGUAUUUAUAUCUUGUCAUUUUUCUUGUUAUAUCUUUGAAUAGUUUAGGCUUUUCUUAUCUUCACAAUACAUAAUUGUAUUUCUAGACAACUCUGUCCCACCCAGCAGUUAAAAAUUCACUAUAAAUGUCCCUUCAUCAUGAGUUGAUAACUCAGGUAUUGUAGGUUAAUCUGUUGUGUCAACAAGGGAUUGCCUUCUAAAAAUACAAUUGUUUGUCAGUGCUUAUUAUCUGGAUUGUAUUUUUUUUUUUUCAAUUUUGAUGCAGUAAACAUCAAAAAAGAUAUCCGUCCAUUAUUUUGUCAAUUUUUUAGGGAUGUGGUAGGGUAUAUGCCAAGACCACCAUUUUGAAUCUAGUAAAUCUCAUCAUGUACGAGGGUUUGAAGAAUACUUUUAUUUUGCAUUGAAUGUAAUGAUAUUCUUUUACCAAGACCCAAAAUAAACGAAUUGAUAUCAAAUUCAUGCACAGCAAAGCAAAUUACAUUUUACAGAAGGAAGCCGUUUUGAAGGUUUGUUAAAAGGGGUGUUCUUUCAAUGGUAGAUCUAAAUUUCAUGAUUGGUUAUUUUUGGAACAUUUUUGUGUUGUUGUUUCAAUUCAGAUGAUUUUAUGCUAGGCUUACAUAGAUUUUUGCUUCAAGAUUCAAUGCACAUCUUUUGGAAACUUAAGUAGACCAUGCCCUAGUUGAACAGUUACUGUUCACUGACAGUUUUAUUACAGGUUGUGUGCAGCUAGAAUUCAUGAAAGUAGUCCUUACAUUAUAAUGUCUCUGAAAAACUUUAAUUGAUUAGAGCACUAUAUAUGUUGUGUUUAUGUGCAGUUUUGUUAUUAGUUUGUUUGGGGUUUUUUUUGGGGGGGGGGGGUGUUAGUAGGUCACCAGAGUUAUGGUUCUUUACUCUCGAAUGUCUAUUUUGAAUGAACUGUACAGUGAAAGAGUCGGGACAUUUUAACUCAGGUGACCAUCAUGGCCCUUGGGCCACUUGUUAAUUUCAAAGCUUAAUUAAAAAUAUACUAUGUACAACUUUGAAUUCUGUCAUGGUCAUUUUCACUAGAUCUGUUUUCAUUCAGUUUUAAGUUCCAUUGUAUUAAAUGUAAUUGCAGGAGUAUAUUCAUCAUGGUUUUAACCUAAAGUGAAACUAGCAAAUCAUGAAAUGCAGCUAAAAGAUUACUGUAUAUAGCAGUUGUAUUUAUCUACAUUUUGAUCUUGAUCCCUUUUUUAUGUUAAGAAAUCUACAAUAACAUUCCUGUUUACCUCAGAUAUGUAGAUACAUACAGGUAAUUAGUGUUUCAUACAUGUACAUUCUCUGUAUUGUUUUCGUGGAAAAUAUUUUGAAUGUACUCCAUACUAUAUUUCCUCUUCAUUUUCAAAAGUUUGUAUUUUACGUAUGAGCUACAUGUUUAUGUGGGUUUUCAGUGUUUCUUAUUGUCAGCCAAGUUAAAAACAACAACAGAUUUCGAAGUAAAUUUUGGCUAGUUUGUAUGAAAAUUGAAUUUAAUAUAAAACUUGCUGGGAUGUUGUAACUGCUGCUCACAGCUGUUUUUCUGUUCAUGAAGUCUCUAUCCUUGUACAAUGUUUGCAUACCUCAUCACAACACUUCUUAUUGAUAUACGCAUUUAAUUAGAAUGAUUUUGUAGUAAAUUUUACCAUUAUAGUGUCAGAUGUAGUGUUGCUUUAGUGUAUAUGGUUUCUCUGCAUGUUUUCAACAUUCAUCUCAGUCAAGUAGCAAAUUAUAAAAUUUAUUUUUUUAUUCUGUUCUAUUGAAAUAUAAUUUUUUAAAUUCAAAAGAUAUGAUAGUGUUAUCACAAGAAGGACUUAGUACUUGGUAACAUUUUGUUUUAAAAAGUAUGUUUUGAUUUUCUGAAUUUUCAAAGCUUUUUGAUAAAAUGCUUUCACAAAAAGUAGCUUUUGAUGAAGGUUUUUAUUUUCUCAUUCAGUUAUUUAUAUCAAAAAAAAAAUAAUGAUGUUCAAAGAUAUUUUUUCUUCCCAACUUAAAAAAAAAGUGUGUUCUUGUAAUUCAUAUUCCUAAUUCUUGAGCUAAGAUUUUAAAAUUUGAAGUAAUUAGUGGAUUUGAAUGGGUUUACCAGGACAAGUUUUUGUUAUGAAUUUACCAUGUGUACAUGAAACUUGGCUUAGAAAGACCAGUUUCCAUGUAGGUUUAAAAAAAGCUGCAACUAAGAUUCAGCAUACAAUGUUGACAAUACCCUUGCUUUUUGUAUGAGAUGUCAAUAAAAGCUAUUUUUUGUG